UUUAGAAUUCGAGAAUAACAAAAACCGGCAUCUGUUUUUUCGUUAAAGAAAUCAAACUAGUGGCCCAAGAAAAGUAAAAUGAUUUCUAAAGCUGAAGACUAAGAUUCUUGCGCGCAUUAUUUUUGGGUAGAAUUGGCGAUAUACGUAGCCGCGUGUAUUACCUAUCAAUUGCCUCUUAAUUAAACAUUAGGUAGUCGACUGGAGUACAUUCGAUUUUGUUACCACAAUGGAAAGAAAAAAUACGUAUGCAUCAGAUUCUGAAGUUCGGAUACUACUAGCCAAUGUUAGUUUCGAAGAACUUUCAGAAUCAGAUGAUACUAGUCUCUACUCAGGAAAAAAUGUGGAAGUGUUACAAAAUAGUUAUGCUUCCAUCACAUCCAAAAAAGUAGUCUUGAAAGUAUACAAACGAAGAUGGUUCAUUUUGGGGCUCUUCUCCUUAUUGUCUUUCAUGCAGUGCACUGUUUGGAACACAUGGGGCCCAAUUUCAGAAUCUUCACUCACUGCUUUUCCCAGUUGGGAUGCUACUACUAUAGCCUUAUUUGGAAAUUGGGGUACAAUAACAUUUGUCAUCUUCACAGUGCCUCUCAUCUGGCUAUGUGACUUAUAUGGAUUGCGAGUUGGUAUGAUGGUUAGUGCUCUACUUAUGGCACUUGGCACUUCAAUCAGAUGCAUAUCUAUGAAUGAAACCAUAUUCACAUGGAUGGCCCAUUCUGGAGCUAACUUUAAUGGAAUAGCUGGGAUAGUACUGUGUGCAGUUCCUCCUGCAUUGUCUUCACACUGGUUUCCACCUAAUGAAAGAACCACUGCAACAGGGAUUAGCAGUGUUUUUAACCAACUAGGAAAUGCAGGAGGUUUUCUCCUAGGCCCUCUGUUGGUUCGAGAGCCAGACCUGUCGAAUAACAAAACUGUUAUGAAAAACAGCGUCAGGCUACUGAGAAAUGACAUUCUGAAUUUAAUGGAUGCUGAAGCCUUGAUUUGUGCCAUCCUCUUCUUUUGCGUCGUUCUAUACUUCCCAUCAAGACCUAUCCUUCCGCCAAGUGUUACCUCUACGGUUCAGCGACUAAACAUUAAGGAUGGAGUCCUUCACAUUUUAAAGAAUCGCGAGGUUCUUUUGCUAACUACGGCCUUUAGUUUAUCACAAGGCGUUUUGGGAGUAUGGCUGAGUGUAAUGAAUAUGAUGAUCGAGAUGAAUGUCAAUUUGGAACCCCUCGGUUUUAAUCAGGUGCAAAGUGGUUGGUUGGGUUUUUGGGCCAUACUUGCUAGUUGCGUUCUUGCAUUGGUGAUUGCCCGAUUGACCGACUAUCUUGCUGGCCAUAUGAAAAAAACCAUAACUGUGUUAUUGGUUGUUUCAUCUAUAGCGUUUACUAUACUAGCCAUGAUGUGUCUGGCAAUGAUCGAACCCUCAUUAUAUCUUCUGUAUGCCACAGUCAUAAUUGGCUCGUGUGCUAAUUACGCCACAACGCCAUUGUUUAUGGAAUUGGCUGUUGAAAUGGCGUUUCCCGUCGACGAGACCGUAGUUGGUGGAUUCAUGUCCUGCACCUAUAAUCUUGUUGGGGCUUUGUUUCUCUUUGCUUUCUUCAUUCCCGAUAUCGGUGUGACAUGGAUGAAUUACUGCUUAGUGGCUGCACCUGCUGUUUCACUGCCUUUCGUGUUCCUGGCUAAAGAGGAAUAUCGGCGUAGCAGCUUAGAUAAAGAAUGCGCUGGAGACAGAUCGUUGCUUGUCAACUCGACACAAGGGUGCAAUGAAGAAAUGUGAUCUCGCACGCACAUGCUGCGCUAGUCAUCGCAGUCUAAUAGGCCUCAUGAAUUUAUUAUUUAUACAAAAUUAUAGUCUGUUAUUAGAAUAUUUGUGAUGUCGAUGCUUAUUUCUGAGGCAUAAUGAUGUGACGACUACGUAAAUCUAGUGCAAUUAGAUAGAUAAAAUAGUUAUUUAUACUGUUUACGUUUGGCUGCUACCUUCGUUGUUCAUUGUAUCAUUUGUUGUUAGCCAGUUGGUUCUUGUCGGUUGUAUAUGUCUCAGAAGGUUGUUCGUUUGUUCCUUCGUGACCUGUAUCCUUUUGUUCGACAUUCUGUCAAGCGAUGUUCUUUCCAUUUAUACUGGUAUACGAUUUCAAGUUUUAAAACAAAGAGAUUUGAUUGCGUUAUCUCGUUCACAACGUAACAGUAGAGAACAUCGCCUACCUGAGCUGGGCUUUAUUGAUAAGUUAUGUUUUUCCCCAUUCCAGUCUGACGUAUUGAUCUCAAUUGUGGAACAAAAUACAGCAAGUGAACUUGC